GUUCCAGGCAGUAGGAGCCGUGGUGGCAUGGAGGACACCUGAGGACGGGUGGACACAUUGGAUGGCUCAGUCGACCUCCACCAGCCGGGCUGACACCACAGAUUGGGCUGAUACUGCUGCAUGCGUUUGGCUGUAGGUCUGUGCUUGGAUCCGGUCCAGCUGUACACACUUAUGUGUCCUGAGGCAGACUAUGCCAUGCAGCAUGGACCUUUGACAGAAAUGUUGUGCUGCAUGGCCUUGAACCAGGACUGGUUGCCUCUACCUAAGGCUGUAUGGUGUUAAAUUCAUAUAGAGGCGACGUGACCUAGAGUUAAGGGGAGAAGAAUAACAGUUGAGAAUAACUGUUUUUGUUUUGUUUUGUGUUUUUUGUUUGUUUUUUUUGUUCAACUGCACUUGUCACAGUCGCAGUAGAAAAUGCACAGUACAAAGCACUAACUCAGCACUGGAGCCAACAGGUUCUUCACCUCUGUCUGCACCUCUUGAGUAAAAGGAGCCCUAAUGUUUACAAAUUGGGAUUGAUCCCCACCUUCUCCCUCAACUCUCAGGCCUGAUUACUCCCUCACCCAUGUUCAGUAUUUUGUAAUUCAUCUAUAUUCCAUCUUGUGGAAUUGAAAAUACUCGGCUUAAAGCCUAAAGGUUACCGGUGGAUUACGCUCCAGCAGCAGUCGUAGCUGUUUGCAAAUAUUUUUGCACAGGAGGCCUAAGCUGUGGUUGCUGAGCUGUCAGUCAUGAGUACCGGGGAGUUACAUCAUCUUGACUAUCUAAAUGAAAACGAACUGAUGGAGAUGGAUACUUUCAUCCACCGUAUUGACUCUACAGAGGUGAUCUACCAGCCACGAAGGAAGAGGGCGAAGCUGAUAGGAAAGUACUUGAUGGGGGAUCUGCUAGGGGAGGGAUCUUACGGCAAAGUGAAAGAGAUGCUGGACUCAGAGACACUUUGUCGCAGGGCUGUCAAGAUACUGAAGAAGAAGAAACUGAGGAGGAUUCCAAACGGAGAAGCCAAUGUGAAAAAGGAGAUUCAGCUGCUAAGAAGACUCCAACACAAGAAUGUGAUUCAGUUGGUGGACGUGCUCUACAAUGAAGAGAAGCAGAAAAUGUAUAUGGUGAUGGAGUAUUGCGUUUGUGGGAUGCAAGAAAUGCUGGACAGCGUCCCUGAGAAAAGGUUUCCAGUAUUUCAAGCUCACGGGUACUUUUGCCAACUCUUAGAUGGCCUUGAAUAUUUGCACAGCCAGGGAAUAGUUCACAAAGACAUUAAACCAGGGAAUCUGCUGCUGACCACAGACGGGGCGCUUAAAAUCUCCGACCUGGGAGUAGCAGAGGCUCUUCACCCAUUUGCAGAGGAUGACACAUGUCGCACCAGUCAGGGCUCUCCGGCCUUUCAGCCUCCAGAGAUUGCCAAUGGACUGGACACCUUUUCAGGAUUUAAAGUGGACAUUUGGUCUGCUGGAGUAACACUAUACAACAUUACAACGAGCCUGUAUCCGUUCGAGGGGGACAACAUCUAUAAGCUAUUUGAGAACAUUGGAAAAGGAGACUACACUAUUCCUGAGGAGUGUGGACCCCUCCUGUCCGACCUGCUGCGAGGAAUGCUUGAGUAUGAUCCUGCGAAGAGGUUUUCCAUACAGAACAUAAGACAACACAACUGGGUGCGUAAGAAACACCCUCCAUCUGAGCCUCCUGUGCCCAUCCCUGCCAGCGCAGAGAGCAGGGACCCUUGGCGGAGUAUGACGGUGGUGCCCUACCUGGAGGACCUGCACGGCUACACCGAGGAGGACGAUGACGAGCUCUAUGAUGGAGAGGACGAGAUCAUUUACACUCAGGACUUCACAGUGCCAGGACAAGUGGCCGAAGAAGAUCAGGAUCAGGGGAACGCCGACCACAGUCCAGCUGUAGCCAAGCCGGUUUGUGUGAACGGGACAGAGGCGGGGUCUCUGAACAGCAAGGCCAAAGCCGAACGUCGAUCCUCCUCCUCAUCCAACCCCUCACGUAAAGGAGUCUCCACAGCCAGCAAGAUCCGCAAGCUCUCCACCUGCAAACAGCAAUGACCCCCCCCUCACCUUCUCCAUCGUCCCUCGGCAACAGCCCACCUGGUUGAUCUGUUCCCCAUCCUUCUGUGUCUGGAGUCCUUACAGUUGUGAGAGAAACCUGCUGAAGUUAAUGCCCCCCCCCCCCACCUCUACACCCCCCCAAGUACCUCCUUGGACCACCGGCCUGCAGAGUCUUUUUUUUUUAAAAGAUGCGGUAUGAGUGACGGGGAGGAGGACAGCAUGAAAUGUUCUUUUUGCUCUGAGACUGAGGCACUGGAUGUGAAGAUGGUGUUUUCUUUCCUCACAUAUUUUGGCUCCUUCAGCUCCUGUCAUCCAGUUCUGUCAUCCAGUCACCCCCUCCUCCUCUUCCUCCUCCCCCUCCAUCCUUCCUGUCAUCCUCUUAGGAGGACCAAGUGUUGCACCGGACGUUACAAAACACCAUCACACCUGUUCCCACCCCUUCACCCUUUGUUUCUUUGACUACCUUUGUUUUUACAGAACCCUAAUGGCAGUUUUUAAGACACAUUGUGAUGUGUGUAUUAAAAAAAAAAAAAAAAAAAAAAAAAAAA